AUGGAUUGUACAAUUCGAAUAUGGGAUAUUCCUUCCUCUAAUUUAAUAGACAUUUUUCGGGUACCAGAAGCAUGCACGUCAUUAAGUUUUUCACCUACUGGUGAAUUUCUUGCUACAAUACAUGUAUGUAACUUAGGUAUAUACUUAUGGUCAAACCGUACCUUGUAUUCCCACAUUUCUUUGAAAGGAGUAAACAAAGACGAUCCGAUUCCAACGAUUGGUCUACCUGGCUCAAUAAUAGAAGUUACUGAUAUUAAUGAAGAUGAACUUACUGAACCAGAAUUGGAUUAUGUUUCUCCGGCACAACUUCAGGAGGAUCUUAUUACAAUGUCCGGUUUACCACACUCGAGGUGGCAGAAUUUGUUAAAUAUCGAUAUCAUAAAAAAAAAGAACAAGCCGAAAGAACCGCCAAAGGCAUCGGAGAGUGCACCUUUCUUUCUACCAACGAUUCCAUCUUUAGAAUUGAAAUUUGACCUUUCGGGUGUUAAAGAUACCGAAGUCAAUAAGAAACUGAUUAUUCAUCCUGAUUAUUAA